UGUUUGUGUGUAUGAGAGAGAGAGAGGAAGUCGAGUUUUUCCUGUUUCCAGUAGAUGAAUAAACCCACAUGAGUGACUUACACACUGGAGAAACUAACAUCUGCUCAUAUGAGGGAUGCAAGCUGUUUGUUUGCCAGGUGUCUUGGAUACAGCAUGGGUUAGUUAAAAGCACAACAGAGUAAAAACACGAGUCAGGGUGUCAUGCCUUACCUCGUCCACACGGCUCAUGCUCAGUUCGUGGCUCUUUGGCUGAGUACGGUUGGCUGGAUUCUCAUCAUAGUGACUAUGGGAAUGGUGGAGUGGAGGGUCUGGGAAGUAUCCGACCUGUCCGUCAUAUCCUCCGGUCUGGCCUGGGUGGGUGUUUGGAGAGUGUGUUUUUAUAGUCACGCUCCAAUCUUAUCAGGAAAUGAAGUGAUGUUUUGUCAGAAGCUCGGUCCGUUUGAAUCUUUCACACCACCUGAGAUCAUUGCCGCUCAGGUGCUCAUGUUAGUAGCUGUGAUUUUGGGGCUCAUGGGUAAUGCCAGCGUGGUUUACGGUCUCAGGAACAUUUAUUUUGGAUUGGGUAAGUUAAAGCCCAUCAGAUUGGCUCUUUGUGCCGGUGGUGCUCUUCACGUCCUCACUGGAGUUUCUUCUCUCAUACCAGUUUUUUGGAAUCUCAGUUCUGUUGUUAACAACCAGACUAUCAUUUUCCCCCCAACGUUUCUCAUGCCUCCUGCCCCUGAAAACCAGCACAUCGGACCAGGAAUCGCUAUUGGGAUUUUGGCGUCUUUCCUGGUGGUUUGUAGUGGGCUGAUCUUUCUGUCUUACAGGAUUCCAGUUGGGUCCACUUGUGUCCAGAAAGUGAAACCAGAGGAUGAACACAGACGUCACAUGAGCAAUAAGGGAACAGAAAAUCCAACUUUUACGAGAAGAGAUGAGUGACUAAACUGUUUAAUGCUGUUAAAUAUAUUAUAUAAAAUAUCAUGUUAAAUGUAAGGUUGAUUUAAAGCAAAUCUGAGUAUUAUAUAUGUGUUGUGAUGGAUCUGAGAUGUGUGCGUGUUUAUCCUGUAGGAGAUGGUCAGGUAUUAAAAUGCUGCGUUAAGGUUUCAGGCCCCUGGAGGGCCUUUAUGAAGACAACAGGAUAACCAUUACUGUACAAACAAAAAAACCUUCACCCCAUGGAUAUUCCCAUAGAAUAAAAUAAUACUUUUUUUAAUAUGUUUAUCUAAAAACCUAACUGUUUAUUGUACUUUAUUGUAUUUUAUGUUUUUUACUUUUUUUAAUGUAAAUGUUUCCAGAGUUUUGUUUGUUUUUGUUAUGAAUAAUAACAAAACUAUGAGUGUAAUCAUUGAAAGUGAAUACAAAUAAAAAUGUAUCUGUUCAGCACAUGUUGUGUGAAUUUAGUUUUAAAGGAGACAUCAUGAAAAUCUGACAACAUGUUUAAGUGCUAUAAAUGGGUCUCCGGUGCUUCUAUUAACCCAGAAAAUGUGAAAAAGAUCAAACUUAGUUCUGGUAAACCAUUCUCUGCAAGCAUGUGAAAACAUAGAUUUGUCUCCCCUUGUGAUGUCAGAAGGCACUUCCAUUUAGGGCAGAUAUCAGCUCAUUUGCAUUUUAAAGGACCACCCCAAAAAUGGCACAUUCAAUUUUAACAUGUUAUAAUAAAUGAUCUGUGGGGUAUUUUGAGCUAAAAUUUCACAUACGUACUCUGGGGACACCAAAGAUUUAUUUUACAACUUUAAAACUUAUGAAAUGUCCCUUUUAAUAAUCUAUUGCUCAACAGUCAGUUAUGUUCAUAUUAAACCAUGAUGACCACAUUAAUGUUUGUUUCAAGUUUUUUGAGUUUUUGUCCCUAAAGGCUUUUGUGUGUAAAAUUACAUUUUGGCAGAGAUAAGAAUCAAGUUUAAAGUAGAUUGAGAUUCAGUGUGCAAUGAAAGUGUGAUGGACUCUAUAACUGUAUACAUAAUAAUAUAACUGUUAUAGCAAUACAGCCAUGAACAUUAACAUAAUCAGCUAUUCUGAUAUCACGCCAUUGUUUUCCUUUCGA